AUGCAUUUGCAUGGCAAGACCAUUUUUUCAAAGGUCGACCUGCACAAGGCAUACCACCAGAUACCGAUACACCCGGAGGACAUCCCGAAGACAGCCAUCACGACCCCCUUCGGGCUGUUCGAAUUCACCACGAUGCCCUUCGGUCUAAGGAACGCGGCACAAACAUUCCAACGGCUCAUCCACGAUAUUCUACGAGGACUCGACUUCGUGUUCCCGUACAUCGACGACAUGAUCAUCGCUUCGACGACACCAGAAGAGCAUCACGAACAACUGCGUCAGUUAUUCCAGCGUCUUGAGCAACACCAUUUGGCCAUCAACCCAGCCAAAUGCGAAUUUAACCGGACCGAGAUCGCCUUUUUAGGGCACCUGGUUAAUACAGAAGGUAUUCGCCCCCUCCCGGAACGCGUAGCAGCUAUCACCGAGUUAAAAAAGCCCACAACGAUAAUGGAGCUGAUGAAGUUUCUCGCAAUGGUAAAUUAUUACCGACGCUUCUUACCAAACGCUAUAGAUACGCAAGGCAGCUUAUUCAAAAUGACCCCGGGAAAUAAAAAAAAGGAUAAAACGCCGCUCACCUGGACACCCGAAGCAACCGAAGCAUUCUCUCGCUGCAAGGAGCAGCUUCGACAAGCAGCAUUGCUGACACACCCGACCCCAAACGCAGAACUCUCGCUGUGGACAGACGCGUCUGAUUUCGCCGCAGGAGCCGUCCUGCACCAACGGGUAGGCGACCAACUCCAACCACUAGGUUACUUCUCGAAGAAAUUCGAUAAACCACAGAGGAACUACUCAACCUACGACCUAGUACGCGUGACACCGAGCAUCGAUUUCGAACGCCUGGCCGACGAACAGACCCGCGAUCCCGAGCUUAUAGCCAUUCUGAACCAGAAGAGCCCCUCCGAUCUGUCCCUGCAGAAGACGCCGAUACCCGGAAGUACCAAAGCGCUGUACGCCGACUGCCCCGGCGGAAUAAUUAGACCGUAUAUUACUAAAUCAUUCCGCCAACAGCUUCUCCACGCUGUUCACGACUUAAGCCAUCCCGGAGCACGAGCCACAGUCAGACUGAUGACAGAGCGAUUUUUCUGGGUGGACAUAAAGAAGAAGACGCGCGAGUUCGUGAGGAACUGUUUGGCUUGCCAACGUGCUAAGGUCAGCCGCCUUACCAAAAGUCCGCUCACACCGUACCCGUCUACGCAGGACAGGUUCAACCACAUCUAUGUCGACAUAAUCGGACCUUUCCCAGUAAGCAAUGGAAACCGAUACUGCCUGACGAUCAUCGACCGAUUCACCCGCUGGCCGGAAGCAGUGCCGAUACCGGACAUCACCGCAUCCACCGUGACCGCAGCGUUGUUGUAUCAUUGGAUCGCCCGAUUUGGAGUGCCAUCCAUAGUGACAACGGACCAAGGAAGGCAGUUCGAGUCGUGUUUGUUCAGCGAGUUGAAUCGAACCCUCGGAACGAAACACAUUCGGACGACCGCCUACCACCCGCAAGCUAAUGGGCUAAUCGAGAGAUGGCACCGCACUCUCAAAUCAGCGAUUACUUGCAAGGACACAACUAAAUGGAGUGAAAAUCUUCCUUUAGUACUGCUCGGCCUGCGCACAACUUUUAAGAGCGACAUCAACGCAUCACCGGCCGAACUCGUGUACGGCACGACGCUUACCAUCUCCGCCGAAUUUUUCUCAAAGGGACCACAACCAGUAGCGACCGAUCAAUCCGAUUUCGUUAAGACGCUACGGGAAGCGAUGCGUAAAUUCCGACCACCUGGCACCGCUUGGCACACCAACCGAACCACGUUCGUCCAUCACGACCUAAACAAAUGCACUCACGUGUUUGUACGCAACGACACCGUCCGUCUCGUCCUAACAACUCCGUAUCACGGUCCAUACCAAGUACUUACACGAAAUCUUAAGUCUUUUCAGCUACUACUCAAUGGACGACCAACGCUAGCAUCCAUCGACCGUCUGAAACCGGCCUACACAGUUAAGGAAACCACCACGGCACCCGAACCGACGUCGCACGAUCAGACCGAAACGCCCAGCGUCCCGCCGACGCAGCAGGUUCCCGCCAUGCAACCUUCGCCCCAACCACCGGCACCGCAUGCCAUACCAACUCCACCACCAUCUAUCCUACGACGACCAGGAAAAGACAUAUCGACCGGUGUUACCAGGGUCGGACGAAGAGUGAAGAUUCCGCUGCGAUACCGAUAA